UGGGGGCUUUUAUUUUGGAUCAGGUUUGUUCAAUUUGAACAUUUUCUGGAUUAUCCUUUAUUUUUAAACCAGUAACUAUGGAGCGACCCAGCCUUCGGAGAUUAUUCUCUGUUUGCGACGUGAACAAGUCCGGUAAGAUCGAGUACGAGGACUUUACUGUAGUCUGCCGGGAGCUCAGCGUCCCUGAAACCGAGAUCGGGACUCUGUUUGACAAGUUUGACCCGCACGAAGACGGAUACAUCGACUACAACAGGUUUUCCUCCAGGUUUCAGGAGGUUUCGGAGACUCUGGAUCUGGCGUCUUUCGGAGCAGGGGCAUCCCAAACACAAGACUCCCCCUGGGAAGAGUUUGAAGACAAGGCAGAUGCGAAAUCCAUCCUUACCGAAAGUUUCAGGGAGCAGCUGGCCGAUCUUUACAAGGCCAUUCACGCCUCUGCAAACAUGACUCUCCUGCAGCAGUAUGAGGAACUCAUCCACUCCCUGAUCAGCCAAAGCCUGGACAGCAGACUUCAGUGUGAACAGCUUGAAACCAGUCUGAAGCGAGCCGAGGGCUUAAAUCACAGUCAGCUGACAGAGCUGGAGGACGAUAUACAACAACAUCUCGCUAGGACGGAGGAGAGGGCGAGAGACGAGGAGAGAAAGAAAAUGGAAGAAAUUAUGGCCGGCUUGCAGAGGAGGCAUGAGAAUGAAGUUGCAGACCUGCAUGCCAGUGUGGAAAGACUGUUAAAGAGUAAAGAAGACUCUGAACUGAACCAUUCAAAGGAAGAGAUGCUCAGACUGAGCGGACAAAUCAGCAAUCUCUCACACGAGAACGAGCAGCUACGCGGCUCUCUUCUGCAAGCCCAGACAAACAUCGCCAUCCUGCACUCAGAGCUGGACAAGCUGAAGAACGUGUAUGCGGAUCAGAAAGCUCAACAUGAACGAGAAACAGAAGAUUUGAAGAGGAUGGCUAUGGAAUACCAGUCGUACUCCAGUCAGAUUCAGAUUCUCCAUUGUCUGUCUCCCCAAAAUGAAAUCCCAGCCAGGAGAAUGAAACCCCUCCGACAGAGCACGCUCAACCAUAGCGGCUUGGAGGUCCCGAGCAAACUGACCUACUCUCAUGUGGCCACCUGGGCCGAUAAAUACCUGGACAGUGGGGUCUCCCUGCCGAUGGACACAGCUGAGAGCUCGGGCAGUGACUACGACAGCGACGACAGCAGAAGCUCAGCGGAAACUGUGCACUUCAGUUACUCGUGUGUCCCAUCUGACAUCGAGAUAUCAGAAGUGAAAUCUGAAGCUGCCGUGUCAAUGGCUCCGAGUAUGGCCACCUCCAUCGCUUCUUCCCUACGAAGACGUUUAUCUGCCUUUUCUCCAAAGCCGUUGGAAGCAGACAUGGAAGCAUGUAAGGAGCCCACCCCGAUGUACCGCCUGGUUUUAGCGGGAGACGCAGGAGCGGGGAAGUCCAGCUUCCUGCUGAGAUUGACCCUUAACGAGUUCAGAGAUGAUAUUCAGACAACACUUGGGGUUGAUUUCCAAAUGAAGAGGAUGUUGGUGGAUGGCGAGAAGACAAAUCUGCAGAUCUGGGACACAGCGGGGCAGGAGAGGUUUCGUAGUAUUGCCAGGUCUUACUUCCGUAAAGCUCACGGAGUCCUGCUCCUCUAUGACGUGACUUCAGAAAGCAGCUUCCUUAACGUCAGAGCAUGGGUGGAUCAGAUUCAGGAGUCAGCGGAGGAGAAAAUACCAAUGUGUGUUAUUGGAAACAAGGUGGACCUCCGAGGGGAGCUUCCUGAGGGAAGCUGUGUGAGCAGUUUGCACGGUGAAAAGUUGGCCAAGACGUACGGUGCUUUGUUCUGCGAAACGAGUGCCAAAGAGGGUACAAACAUCACAGAGGCUGUGCUUCAUCUGGCAAGAGAAGUGAAGAAAAAUGUCAAACUGAGGCCGCAGUCAGACUCUCAGGUCAGACUGAAUCAAAUCAGCCCAAAGAAAACUCUUAACAACUGCUGUGGACUGUAGACGACUGAUGUCUGUACGGAGCAACGAAGGACAACGUGCUACUUUUAUUUAAUAAAUGUCAAAUUUUAAAAAAUGUUAUAUGUAUUACUAUAAAAAUGCUAAAUGUACUUUUAUUAUUUGAUCAAAAUGAAGGUUUCUAUUGUGGGAAUAUUGCACAUGUGCAAAUAUAAAUGUACAACAUUAUAUUUCUUUUAAAAAGUUUUAUUUAUUUGGUAGGUUAUUUUAUAAAAUAAGCAAUAGUGUUUACAUUUUGAUUUAAUGUAAGUAUUUUAACUGUAACUGCCAGAUACACAAACACAUUUUUUUUGUCGAUCAAUGCACUAUUUUUUCCCACAUUUCUUUUCUAGAGUUGCAUAAGAGGGAGAAAAAUAUUAAUUUUUUUUGUUUUCAUCAUCACUGUAAGCAAUACUAUAUUGCGGGUUUAUCGCUUGUACUAAUUGAAGGAUUUAUCUGUGUGUAAAUAAAACUGCUUGUAA